AAAUACGCAUAUACACAAUUAUUUAAAAAACUGUUCAAAUGGUGUCAUAACACAUCUAUUGGUUAUCAAAAACGAGUUCACCAUGAUUUACUGAUACCGAAAGAUUUAUACAUGCAAACAUACAAAUAUUUAAAAGAAAAAUAUGCCAAAGAAUUAGUCAGAAAUUGGACAGAGAAAACAGACCCAGCAAAAUUUGUAUUUGAGGAUAUUGCGAUUGCAAGUUGGUUAAUUUCAUUAUGGAAAUUAGAAAGAGAGGAAAAAUGCCAAACAAGGCUACAGUCAUUUGUUGAUUUAGGAUGUGGAAAUGGAUUAUUGACAUUUUUACUUACAUCUGAGGGACAUGAGGGAGUAGGCAUUGACGUAAGAAAAAGAAAAAUCUGGGACGCGUUUCAAGAUAAGGGAUCUAAAUUAAUAGUCGAAACAUUGCAACCAAAUGUUGUAACUUAUCCAGAUGCAGAUUGGAUAAUUGGAAACCAUGCUGAUGAACUUGUUCCUUGGAUACCAAUAAUAGCUUCAAGGUCUUCAAAUAAUACAAAUUUUAUGGUAAUUCCAUGUUGUUUUUACGCACUUUCCGGAACAAAAUAUACAUUUGAAAAACAGAUAAUUUCUAGUGGAAAGUAUAAGGCAUAUCAAGAAUAUAUUCACGAAAUAAUUGAUAAAUGUGGAUUUAUUGUUGAAUAUGAUUGGUUAAGAAUACCUAGCACAAAAAAUGUUGCUAUGAAUAAUUUACAAGAUACAAAAAAUACUAGUAGCAACAAUACUGAGAAUUCACGAAAUUUUAAUGUGGUUUUACAAUAUUUAUAG